AUCGUACUCUUUUUCCCUUUAUUUCGUGUGAAAAUAUAAGUAAUUUAUUUGAUUUCGUUUUUAUGUUCAGUAAACAAUUAUAAAGAGGGCACCUGCCGGAUGAAUUAAUAAAAUAGUAACGUGUUACGGUGGUCGUUGUACAGAGUUUACACCAAACCAAAAAAAAUGAGUGCGUUUGUGCGAAAUGCAAAGUACAACGAAGACGACGCAUAGCCGACCGCGACGACGUUAAUGUGUGAAAAGAGAAAAAAAUUGUGAAAGCGCAGAAGGCAAGCAAAACGCAUAUAACAAAUAAAUAUUAAGUUGGCGGAUAGCCUAUGCAAUAAACUACAUAAUAAAAGGCGCGCUCGGCGUGCAACGCGCUAAGUGGCAGACCGACCAGCUAAGAGCGUUCCAUACCGCGAUUCUUAUGAAUACUUAAGUGUAGAAGUAAUAAUUAGUGAAAAACGUCGAGGUGCAGAUUAAAAAUUUCUGAUGCUCCCGACGAAAUUAUCUAUACAGUGAAAUAACAGAACUGGCUGUGGAGGAACAGCAUCAAUAGCAGAAGCAUCAUCAUAAGCCGUGGGACAAGCAAGCAAUCAAGCUGCGACGGCGGUAAAAAGGCGAGGGCAAGCCAAAAGCGCCGCGUGUGUUGGAAUCUCGACGUAAGCGUACGCUACAAACACACGCGCGCACAAGCAACGAGCUCACACACACUCGCAUAUAAACACGGCGAGACACGCGUACAUGUGAAUCAAGCAAUUGCAACAGUGUGCCGCAUUUGACUCUUCUUUUUUUUGUAUGUGCUAAUAUCCAAUAAUGUCCGCAUAUGAGGAUGGACAGCCACAAGAAACGCCAGCAACACCGACAACACCACAGCGACAGUUGCACUCACCGAGAAUAGCGAACGCGGAUGAGGAUCCAAACUGCAGCGACAGCAACUCGAAGUCCAUUUUAAAUAAAAUACACUCACGUGUCUCAAACAUACUCCCGGACUCGGUUGCUAAGUGGUUCUCCCCCGUACCACAGCAGCAGCUAAAUGGCUUUGAUGUGGACGAUGGCGUGGAUGCUGAUUUAUUGGACUAUGGAGAUGUUGAAUUGGCCGACCAAAUAGCUGAGCACGAUGCCCUUGAAGACGAGGAGGUGGAUGAUAGUCGGCCACCAUUAAAACGCAGGCAACUGGAAACAUUUCAGAUUGAGUCGCCUCCUCCUAGCCGCUUCCAAAGGUCCUCGACGCCAGGUAGCAGGCCCUAUUCAGCCAUAGGUCGCAGGGCCGGCCCCGGGCGUGAAAGGUGGCAAGUGGAAAAUCUCUAUAAGAAUCUGUGUCCGCAGCGUGUCUUGCGGAUACGGGAGUCAACGGCGGACUUGCUAAACAGUGGCGUCAAGCGCAACAAUAAUAACAAUUUCAUAAAUGCCAAACGCGCACGUUUCGUGGCGGGCGUAGUCGAAGAGACAGCCGGAGUAAGCGAUACCGGCGCUGGAGACUCACAAUCAGAAUGCGGAAGCACUGGAAGCCGUUCGCUGCGCCUAGGCCAUGACCUGCUGCACGGCAAUGGUAGUGGCAGAAGUGGUGUUAGUGUGGGCGGCCGAGAUUCGACCGGGUUUUUGGCACACCACAAUUCGACGGGGUCUCUUAACUCACUGAGUCGUCGAAAAUUCAAUGCCUGCAUAUAUGGCAGCACCUCGGCUCUGAGCGACAGUCGUCUGUUAACUAAAUCGGGCAACUCACCAUUUUAUCCUGGACCCACAGCCUUUGGCGGCCUAUCAGCCAAUAAUCGCACGAUUUUCGGAAGCGGAAAUUUGAGCAUAUCGGUCCCCAAAUCGACUGCAGAUAUUAAUUCUAUUUUGAAAUCCCCGAAUUUCUGCAGCUCUGGCAUGAAGCCCGUUAUCAUGCGUCCAGAGCCUACGCCAGACACGGCCGCAAGCCCGCUCUUCAAUAAUCCAGCUCUAUCGACAACAGCACGCAAUAUCCUCAAUCUCCUCAAGAAUUACUCUACACCUCUGAUCGAUGUCCAGAAAUUAGGACGCACACUCCAUGAACAACAGCAGCAGCGCCGCGUCUUGGGCUUUAAUCGCGGCCUAACGCCCUAUACGCGUCCUACUCUAACACAGGAUGAAAAAGCCGCGGCAAAGAAGCUACGUCCCACAGAACUGUUGGUUCCAACUAUGCAAGAACUACUGGAGCGGCGCCGCCUCCAGCGGGUCACAAUAAGUGCACGUGAGACGAUGAAGGCCAAUGAAUCGUUGCUGGACAAACGAGUUCCCUCCAUUAUAAGUGCACCGAGUAAACCGCAAAUCGAGAAAACAUCGCCAUCAUCAGCCUCAUCGUUGCAGUCAGUGACGAUGCCCUCGUUGCGUCCCUCUGCCAUGCACACCAACAAGAUGCGAUCGCGUUUAUCGCAUCAUUCGGCGCGAAAGGAGGCACGCGAUGAGGCCGACCAUGAGCCGCCAAUACCCUUGGACUUGCCCAACAUUGCCUUUCCGGACAUGCGAAGCACGCCCAAGUUUGAUCUGGUCAUACCGGUGCUUAACAACAACAAUAAUAAUAAUAAUAACAACAACAUAAAGAGUAACAACACCAACAUCAGCAGCACCACCACCGACUCUGACACCAAAAGAACUAGCCGCAACGGCCAUUUACCAUUUCAAUUCCGUGAGCCGAUAUGGCUGCCGCUGCCCGACAUUCGCAUGGAAUGGAGAAUGGGGCAGCCCACCAUUAACCCAAGAAAAUAUAGAUUUUCGUUGCCACUGCCGCUGACGCCUAAAUCGAAUGUGCCCAAAGAUGCGCCGGUUGCGCCCGUGGAGGCCGUUACGCCAAAACCGCCCAGGCAGGGCAUUGGCGUAGAGCAGCCCAAGGCACCAACACCUUUGGUUAUACCUCUGACAAUUAAGAGGCCCGCCAAUUCUUGGGAGUGUGAUGUGUGUAUGAUUGUGAAUAAGUCAUGCGAUGCUAAGUGCGUGGCCUGCGAAGCCCCCAAUCCUAAGGCACCUGCCGUUACCGGCAACAACGUAUCCUCAAGCACCAGUGCUACCGUCACUAAUAACACCAGCACCCCAAGCUUUAAGUUUGGCUUUCAGGCGAAUGAUAUGCCCAAGGUAAAGCCCGAUGCCGGUUUCGAGCAGCUGGUUGCCAAACAAAAGGCCGCUAGCUGGAAUUGUGAUGCGUGCCUCGCCCAAAAUGAUAUGUCACGCAACUCGUGCAUCUGCUGUGAACAACUGAAGCCGGGCGUUAUUGCCUCAGCGAUCUCGAACUUUCGUUUUGGGGCCAGUGCCACGAGUGGGUCCCCUUCCGCGCCGGUGCAGAAAUUCAGCUUUGGCGCUGUUCCAGCAUCGACAGCAAGCGAGACCACAAAAACGACAGAAUCUGCUCCUGUUAUUGCACCACUGGGCUUCAAAUUUGGCGCCCCCGCUGCUGAUACCAUAAAGUCGCCCAAACCUAUAUUUAGCUCUAGUUUAAACAGCGUCUCGCCCGGCCCUAUAGCCACAACAGGCAUGUUCAAAAGGCUCGAUGCUGUUGACAAUGGCACGCCAACAGACGCAGCAGCAAAACCAAUGACAACGGCAGGAACAACAUCGAGCUCAUCAACAGGUUUUGUGUUUGGUGCAGCGUCAACAGCAACAAUAACAACCACAACAACAACAACCACAACAACAACAACCUCAUCAAUUGCUAUAAGUACCAACGUAUCCUCUUUACCAACUUUAUCAAGCGUGUCGACAAACAUUUUUGGCAACGCCGUCACCGAGAAAUCUAUAUUUGGCAGCAGUCUAACCACGGCCACCACAAAUCAACAUCCCAAAAUAGCUGGGGAUACGCCCGAAUCUGGAUCUGGAUCUGUAUUUGCGACUCUCGGCAAUCCAGUGGGAUUUGCAACUAUGGCGAGCAAGGCCAACACAACAACCGCCUCAACCGUAGCCGCUACCCCUACAGUGCAGCCUACAAGCUCGCUGUUUAACGUGCAGAAUAACAUAAGUAACGAAAAGGAUUCGUCAACUUCAGCUUCAUUAUUUGUAUUUGGAAACAAGUCGACGCCCGCGUCCGUCGAUAAGGACACAGUAACAACUAAUAUCACCACUACUGUGUCCUCAACAGCUUUCCCUUCGCUCGUCUUUGGCAACGCUGCCGCCGCUGGUGGUCGUGGUGGCCUCUUUCAGAACACGUCCACCACUACCACCGCUACAUUAAACUCUUUGCAUACCACGCCAUUUGGAUCUACGCCAGCAUCCGGUACAGUAGCCAGUGGAUCGGUAUUUGGACAGGUGAGCAAUGCAUUUGGAGGAGCAGCAACCAGCACCACCACGACACAAUCGUCGGCGCCCCUGUGGGCCAACGUCUCCAAAUCAACUGGAUUAAAUAGCGGUAUCAGCGGCAUUGGUGAAAUAAGAGACGGAACAACAGCAACAACAACGACGGCUCCCAAGUCAGCCUUCAAUUUUGGAAGCGCAGCUGCAUCAUCUGCAAAUCCCACAGCGAGCACUUUUAACUUUUCAUUUGGCACGGGUUCGAACGCCCCUCCCCGGAUUGCGCCCAUAAAGCCGGCUUUUAAUUUUACCGGAAACUCUACGGGCGAAGUGAUGCAGCAACCGACUUUUAAUUUUACGGCCAGUGCAGCGACAAGCACAGCGGCCCGCGAUGCAUUUGCCGCACCUCCAGCUCAGCAGCUCUUCCAAUUUGGCGCCACAGCCACCGCCGCCCCUAACGUCGCCGCCGCUUCUGGCCCUACAGUUGCUGCAACGCCAGGGAGCCAAUUGUUCAAUUUUACCGCUACGGCGACGCCGCAAAUGCAGACAACACCAAACGCAGAACCCUUUCAAUUUAAUGCUGGAUUUUCUACACCUUCCAACAUAUUUGCGUUCAAUCCACCAGCAGGCAAUGCUGCACAGAACGCACUGGCGGCCCGGCGCAAAAUACGCGCCCCCACUCGACGCUUACCGCCGCGGUAGAACCACCCGCUGCACGACCACCCGCCACUGUUGCAACUGCUGCCACCGCCGGUCUCGGUCAGCUGACGGCCGAGGGCAAACGAAAUGGCAAGCGAAAACGAAGGGGUACUGAACAGUAAAUGAAAACAUCAAGCAGCCCUUUGAGGUAUCCGCUGCGCAACUGGAUGAAAUAAACCGAUGGACGCAUAUAUAUACAUAUACACAUAUGUAUAUAUGUUUUAUUAGUUUUGUCUCAGUUUUGUUAUUGAUUUUUUAAAUAAUUUCGGCAUAGAGAGCAUAACAGAUACAAGUAAACGAAGAAAAAAAAGCAAACAACAAUGAAACAGUGUAAACUAAAUCAACAACACUAUAGCUUAGUAAACCAACGUGUAAACGAUGAUGAAAAAGAAGAAGCAGAAACUUUACGUUUAUAUUAAUAUGCGUGUUUUUUUAUAUAUAUAUAUAUACUUAUAAUUUGUAACUUGAUUUUUUUUUGUAAGCUCUUAAAAUGAAACAAACAACAAAAAUACACACACACA